CACUCCUCCCCCCUCCUCCCCUCCUCCUUUCAUUCUCUCCAGAGUGUUCAACAUGUCGGUGGCAAUGAACCAGAUGAGCCAGGACCAGCUGCACCGCUCCACCCUGACCAUUUACUCUAAUCUGACAGACGAGUUCAACCCCAGCAUGAGCAAACUGGUUUCUCUGGGGAAUAGCUACGUCCAGGCCUUCAGGGCUCUGACUGCGACUAGUGAAGCGUAUUUCAGCACUUUGUCCAGGAUCGGAGAGAAAGCUUACCACAGCAUGUCCUCCUCGUCUCUCGGAGACGUCUUGAUCCGGAUCUCGGAGAGUCAUCGCCGACUGACCCGGGACCUGGAGGGAGUGUUCCGCUGGUUCAGUUCAGAGGUUCUUCAGGAGCUGGACAGGAACGUCCGACUGGACAGAGAUUUCAUCUCAGCCAGCAGGAGGCAGUAUGAGAUGGAGGUCCAGAACCAGAGAACAGCUCUGCAGAGACAGAUGAGGAGAGGAGUCGCCCAGGGUGGUGGCGAGUACAUGAUGCAGUUCCUCAGGGACAGCCAUGGACAGGCUCUGAAGGAGGAGGAGAGGCGGUACCGCUUCCUGGCUGAGAAACACUGCAGCCUGAUCCAGUCCAUGUCUCAGCUCAUGAAUAAGAAUGGAGAAAGUCUGCAGCAACGAGCCCACGUCUGGUUGGGGGAGGUGGGUUCAACCAGACGAGCUGAGGCCAUGAAGACGUCCCCUCCAGACCACAGCGUGGGACCCCGGGACAACAUGACUCUGGGCAGAGCCCCGUCCAGAGCUCCGUCUCCUCAGGGCUUCCUCCCUCGCUCUGCAGGAGAUUCAUCAGGAGGAGUAGGCGGAUUAGGAGGAGGGGGCGGAGGGGGCGGAGGAGGCGGAGGCCGGACCGUGAGGGCCAGGGUGGAUCACCAGCCUGCUGCCUCCAGCCCCACCAUGCUGCCCUUCAGCCAGGGGCAGAUGAUCACGGUCCUGGUGCAGCAGCCUCGUAACGGCUGGUUGUACGGGCGGAUUGAAGGCAGCUCACGACAGGGGUGGUUUCCAGCCUCAUAUGUGGAGAACGUGGACGAACCUCCAAGGUCCAGCAGCUACAGUUUCAGUGCGCCCCCCCUGAGAAAGAGCAGCAGCUUGAACAACCUUCUGGACCAAGCGGCUCCUCCUCCACCUCCUCCUCCUUCUCAGCCCGAGUUGCCGAGCUCCGAGCCAAAGAUCGAAUCAGGAAAGCAGAGCUCAGCUGGGACAAAUCCUGUACUCUUCCCCAGGGGAACCAACCCGUUCGCCACAGUGAAGUUGAAGCCGACGUCGACCAAUGACAGAUCAGCUCCAUAUCUGAGCCGCAGAUGAACCAAUCACUGAACAGAUCCUCCUCUGAACCAAUGAAAUCCUUUAAUGGACGGGUAUUGAUCUUUGUUGGUUUAAUAUCUGCUCCCUUUGUUUUACAUUAGGUUUUAAUUACAUCAUACAUGGAGCUGGUUGAGAAUGAUAAUAGAUCAUGUAUUAUCUAGUAUGUAAUGAAUAAGGCUGGAAUAAGAACGUAAUGUUGUAAUGUGUACUGUUAUAGGAUCAGAGUCUUUCUGAAUAAAUAAAUGAUUUCUCUCUAUUGUGGGACCUGAAGGAAUGUUUAUGAUGAUGAUUUAAAUCAUCUUAUUAUCUGAGUCUAUUCAUUGAGGACAGCGAAUACCUCCUGAGUUUAUUUGUUCAUCCACUGGGAAACUAAAUCCAAAUUAAACCUCAGCCUGAGUCUAAUUCUGUUAAGGGCUCAACAGCUCAGUCCUCCAACACACGAGUAAAGAAAUAAAGAAUGUUCCAAUUCUGACCCAGAAAAUCUGUCUUUACAAAGUUGAAAUGUAAAAAUGUUCAAAUGUCUACAUGUUUGUGAAGCUUCCUCCAGAGAAAGGACGUUUAAAGCAGGUAGCUGCUGCUACAACUGAUCUCUUCAAUAAAUGACUGAGACUCUG